CAGAGUUACUGUGGAGUUUUUAAGAAACUCCGUUAGAGAAUUUAGGCAUUUCUGAUUGAGUUAAAGGAUUUGCCAAUUCAUCAAUCCCUGAAACUAAAGCAAUUUCAACAGGACAAAAUAAGAACAUGGGCUUUUUAAGUCCAAUAUAUGUUCUUUUCUUCUGUUUUGGAGUUAGAGUAUAUUGCCAAUACGAAGCUUACCAAUGGGAUGAGGAGUAUGACCAAGAGCCAAAUGAGGAUUAUGAGCCAGAAUUUCAAUUUCAUCAAAAUGUUGAAUAUGGAGUGCCUUUUUAUCAGAAUACUUUAGGCUGUGCUAAGGAAUGCUUCUGUCCAAUUAACUUUCCAACAUCAAUGUAUUGUGACAAUCGUAAACUCAAGACUAUCCCAAAUAUUCCAAUGCACAUUCAGCAACUCAAUCUUCAGUUCAAUGACAUUGAGGCUGUGACUGCAAAUUCAUUCAUCAAUGCAACUCAUCUUAAAGAAAUUAACCUCAGCCACAACAAAAUUAAAUCUCAAAAAAUUGACUACGGUGUGUUUGCUAAACUUUCAAAUCUACAACAACUUCAUCUAGAGCACAACAACUUAGAAGAAUUUCCAUUUCCUCUUCCUACAUCUCUGGAAAGACUCCUUCUUGGUUAUAAUGAAAUCUCCACACUUCAAACAAAUGCCAUGAAUGGGCUGGUAAACUUGACUAUGCUUGAUCUCUGUUAUAAUCAUCUUUCUGAUUCAAUGUUAAAAGAAAAGAACCUUUCCAAACUGGAAAAACUAAUGCAGCUCAACCUAUGUAAUAACAGAUUAGAAUCAAUGCCUCCCGGAUUGCCUUCUUCACUUAUGUAUCUAUCUCUAGAAAAUAAUUCAAUUUCAUCUAUACCAGACAAUUAUUUUGACAAACUUCCAAAACUUCAUGCUCUAAGAAUAUCACACAACAAACUGAAAGACAUUCCAUAUGAUAUAUUUAAUCUUUCCAACCUUAUAGAACUCAACGUUGGACACAAUAAAUUGAAGCAAGCAUUCUACAUUCCAAGGAAUUUGGAACAUCUGUACCUACAAAAUAAUGAAAUAGAAAACAUCAAUGUGACAAUGAUGUGUCCUUCUACUGACCUACUACACCAGCACCAUUUAACAUACCUUCGUGUGGACCAAAAUAAGCUGAAAGAACCAAUAAGUUCAUACAUCUUCUUCUGCUUCCCUCAUAUACACAGUAUUUAUUAUGGUGAACAAAGGAGCACUAAUGGUGAAACAAUAUUACUGAAGACUCAAGUUUUCAGGAGAUAUCAAGAUGAGGAGGAGGACGAUGAGGAGGAGGAAAACCAUGAUGGUCAGGACAACACUCUUGAGGGUCAAGACGCAACAGAAGAGCACUUUAAUUCUCAUUAUUAUGGAAUGCAAGAUUGGCAAGAAACUAUAUAGGUAUAUAUUUAUGACUUCAUAAAGCCAUACUAAUUACAAAUCUAAACAUAUACUGCUCAAAAUAAUGUAUCUAGAAAUAUGUGUUCGUAUAAGAUCAGAAUUGCAUUUAAGAUGCUGGUGACAGUGGCUUCAUCUCAUAGACUUAGAGCUUACUAAAAAUGCUGCAAAUCUUAAGAAAUAAAAGAUAGAAUGGCAAGUGGGAAUAAAAAUUAAGCUCAAAUGGCUUUGUUCUUUAAACGUAUUCUUUAAACUUAGAAAUAUUAUCAUGUAAAAAACAAGCAAGGGCAAGCAAAAUGGCUCAGCAGAUAAAGCAUUUGUCGCCAAGCCUGAUGACUUGAGUGGGAGAGACCCAACUACUGCAGGUUGUCAAGUUUUCCUCUAACCACAUGGGUGCAUGCCAAUAAUAAUAAUAAGAACUUCAUAAAACCUUUUGAGUAUGCCACUUCCAAUGAUGGGAUUUUGUUUUCUAGAGAUGAUAAAGUAACAGUAACACUGAAGAUAAAAGCUGCCCUCUAGACUAUAAGAGGAUAUCUGAGUAAGAGGAAUGAUAUUAACCUAACAGUAGUGUUUCAUUCAAGAAUGAAACUUUUAUUGAUUUUUGUCUACAGAGUUGC